GGCAGUAGAACCACGUUGAUGUCUGCAGUUAACAAAAUCUACUUUUGUGAAACUGUAGAUACCAAGUGCUGAUUAAUUAGUCUCUUUCUUUUCUAAUAUUCUGCAUCAGGUUCACUGUUCUCUACAAUUCUUUUGGAGGAUGAAUGAAGAGAGGGUUACCAGUGAUACAGAUAUUGUUGAAGAAGAUACAGAUGCAGGUGGACAACAGCGCUCUACUGGGUGUUUCCAAGUCUCAGCUUUGUGUUGCUGCAUCUCUAAAAGACGGAUGCAUUUGCCAGGAAGACGGCCCAAGGAUAGAAAGAAAAAAAAUGAGAAAAAGAAGAAUACUGGUGACGGAUCUUUUGGUGAUACCAUAUUUGAAGGAAGACCACAGAACUUGAGCCAAGACAAUUGGAGAAUGACAUCUGCUGGAGACUUGGGUGGUAUACAAACUGAAGAGGUCAAGCCAGCUUUAAAAGUUGGUAUCCAGACCAAUGACAGACAAACUCAAGACCCUCAUAUACCUGUUAUACCUGUUACUUUAACAGAUAUCUGUUUGGAAGAAAAACAACGAAGAUAUGUGGAACCAACACAAGCAAAGACUUUUUGUAUACCAAAGAAAACAUGGCAGCAAAAAGAAGGAACUGAGGAUGUGAAUAUUUUGUCACUGGAAACAAAAAAUAGAAGCUUAGGGGCUGUAUCAGAGGGAGUGGCUUUUGAAGAUGGAAAGGACUGUUUGGUUAUGCCAGCCAAAGAAAAUGGACAGUCUGGAAGACCCAAAUUGCUGAGUUCAUUGCUUCAAGGAGCAACCUGUGAAGAGGAGCAACAACAUGGACAAGACCAUGUCAAUAUUAUAGUGGAAGGUGUGCCCUGUAAGCAAGAGCUGAAGCAGGAUCACCAAAAGAUGCCAUUCCAGGAGUUACAACAUUCUGCAGAACUAGAACUUCAUAGCACCUUGGCCACCAAUGAAAAUAAAUUCCAGGAAGAACAAAACAGCAGUAUCCAUGUUGAGAAUGUAACCUAUUUCCAGGAACUUCCCAACCAAUUAGGUGAACAACACAAUGAUGUACAGCAGGUGGUGGGGCCACAAGACAUUAUUCCAGGUGUUCCUCAUAACACAGGGAGACCAAUGGAUUGGGACCACUUGAAUUCUGUAUCUAAGGGAGAUACCCACAAAGAGGACCAGAAGUAUGAAGACAUGCCCAGUGAGGAGGCACAGCAAACCACAGAACUAAAAUACCCAGAUAUUUUGUCUACUAUGUGUGGAAACUAUGAACAAGAACAGCCAGGAGUUCAACAGCAACAAGACUGUGUGACAGAAGAUUCAUCCCACAAGACAGAGCACAACUGUUUAAAUUUGUUUUACCAGGAAGACCAACCACCUGUUAUACCAAAAUCUACUAGCACAAGUGGUGACAAAAAAAAGGAAGAAACACAAGCCAUCAAAAAUUCUACAUCAGAUACUGUUCUUACCAAGGUAGAAGGCCACCAGUAUGUUCCAAACCUGGUGGAUCUACAAGCUGCUACACACGAAAAUGUAGCAUUGCCUUUGGGUAUGACUUAUACAAUGGAUCUGCAAAAAAUACCUUAUAUGACCACUUUGCCUGACGAUGCUGAUAUGCACAUUAUGGAGCAGAAACACCCAGAUACACCUCAACUACUUUUAGUGGAACAAAUUAGCACACACCAUGAAGAAAAGGAAAAGCAAGAAACACAAGCUUCUGCAUAUUCUGGAUCCAAUGUCAUUGCUUAUAUUGAAGAACAGGAGAGCCAAGAACCUAUUGUAUCACAGGACACCAGCAUACUUCUUGGCAAUGUAAGCCAUGAAAAGGAGCCACAAAGAAAGUUGGAAUGUGGUGAUUCUGGGCCUGAGGGCCUUUAUGAGAAGGGGGACCAGGACCCCCAAGGUCCUGUAUACUUGGAAAUGAAACAGCCUCUGUUACUUGCAGAGCUCUGCUCUUUGCCUUUGAAUGUAGCCCCUGGAGAAGAACUGUGCAUAAGUAAUGACAACACAGAUGUUGGCAAACUAGAAAUUUGCCCUCUAGAUGAAGAACCAGAAGAACGGGAUGACCAACAUAAAAUGCAUACAUGUGCAUGCUUUAAAGAGAAAGAAACAACACAGGGACAAGAAGAGCAACAACCUACUCUGCCCCCACAGUCAGGAUGUAAAACGGAAAAGGAGCCACAAGAUUCUUUGCAAUUCCAAAUGGCCACAUCCACGCCAUAUGAGGUGCAGGACCAAAGGGAACAACUGAAACCAGGCAUGACCUGUGUGGAAUAUCAGAAGGAAAAACAGAGUCUGUCAAACACCACUUUCUCUUGUAGCACUAGAGAAAAUGAGGGGCAUAUUUAAGAUAGACAUUUUCUCCAUUUGGCAAAAUCCUUUACUAGAUUCACUGUCUCAACAGUUAUUUCCGCUGAAAUAUGAAAGCUGAAAAGAGAUACUAUUUUUGUUGGGGUUUUUUUUUUUGCACACAGAGAUAAAAUAUACAUUGUAGA